AUGACCUCAAUCCCCGCCUCCUUUACAAAUACGAUUCUGCUACCCUCCACGGUGGGCGAAUUCCCCAGAAUACACACCAUCGGAAAUACGAAUGAGCCGCGCAAGAAGCGCGCCCACACCAAGAGUAGGCGAGGUUGUAUCGCAUGCAAACUUCGGAAAGUCAAGGACCAGUCUAUUAUGUCCGCUAUUCUAUGCAUUGCCGCUAUGCACCUCACAACUCUUAAGCCGGAGAGCGCUAAAUAUGCGCGCUAUUCAACGCAGCUGAUGUCCCGAGCAAUUAACCUCUUUCGCAAAAGCUUAUCGCAUCCCCUCACAGAAGAAAACUGCGAGGCACUCAUGGGAACGGCGCUUUUGAUUAACUACAUAUCCUGGUUUGACCUUGGCUUCCUGGAUACUUCGCCAAAUGCCCACCCCACAGUGAAACUCAACAUCAGCCAGGACCAGCUAUUCUUUCUUAGCCCGUGCAUUGUUCAACUAUGGUUUCAGGCUAUUCCCAUCUUCAUCGACAAAGGAAGCAUUUUUACAGAGAUGAUAUUUCACCACCCAAGGCUCUAUAUCGAGGAAGCUCUAAGGCAACGUGGUGUGGACCCAGAGCAUUUCGUGGAGCCAUUCAUAGAAAUUUUGGGAGAUAUACCCGACCAGCCUUCGAACUUAGGGACUCCCGUAAUAGCCAAUAAUGGACCUACAUUCGGUGCUUGGGGAUUCCUUUCUGGCUUGGAAAAGGAAACUCCAUCGCAUAAAGAAUGCCCCCAACCCCCGUCGGCUUCAGUAUCGGAAAUCCAUGAUGAAAGAAUAUUGAUGCAUGUGAAAGAUGUCGUCACAAGGAUUUGUAUCAAGUAUUCCUCGGAAGACUCCCGAGGUACGACAAUUGUGCCUUCGAACUCACCUCGCUCAUUGUUUACAUACAUCAUACGUCGUUUGUCGCCUCUCUUGUGCUGUGCAUCUCUUACGACGUCCACAUCAAAUGCGGGGGGGUACUCGGGUGUAGCGCGGCAAUCGGACAUUGAGCAGCUUUUGUUUGGAUUUCCAAUUCUCUGCUGUGGACCAUUUGCCAAGUUAAUUUUCGAAGAAGACUCGCGAGCUCUCGUUGUUAUCCUUCAGUUUUAUCAAGCGGUGGGCCGGCUUCUGCCAUCAAACAGAUGCUGGUGGGCACAUGGCAGGAGCUGCUUGAUGGAGGAGCUGAUCAUAAAAGAACUUAAUUGUCGUGGCGUCAAUUUCUGUCUGUACAUCUAG